GCCACAACAGCAAAACUUGAACCCGGAACAGAUCCGGACCGGGUCAGAAUUGCAGAAAGGAGAUCCAUUUGCCGUCUCUGAACCAAAAACCUUGCUUAAACCCUAGAGAGAGAGAGAGAGAGAGAAAUGUUUCGUGCGGUUGGAUCUGUACUGAAGAGGAACAAGGAAUCGAUUUAUGGAAUCGCUCGAGGAUCCACGUCUUCGUCUCAUCGCGCUUUCACUUGUAACGUCACAUCUUCGACUACUGUAAACUCUGCUUCGUCUUCUCCUCUAGCUGGAAACUCCUUCAAUGGCUUGCGAUCUCUGCUCAAAGGUCAAAAGGCUCCAACUUUCAGAAAGAUGUCAACUUUCAGAAAGAUACUUCACACGAUAUUAAAAAUCCUUAACAUAAAUUUAUUAAACGGUAUGUCACAUGUGCUAAUACAUUCAUUAUUGUCAGACGAAGCUUGGGCUAAGGAGUUUGAGAAAUAUAAACAGUCACCUGAGUAUAAACGUGUGAACAAAGGGAUGAAUCUUGAGGAUUUCAAGUUCAUAUAUUGGAUGGAGUAUGCUCAUCGUAUGUGGGGAAGAGGGUUAGGGAUCAUGUUUGCUUUGCCUUUUUCUUAUUUUCUCCGUAAAGGGUAUAUUACUCUGCGUCUUGGAGUUCAGCUUUCUGGUUUAUUUGCACUUGGUGCUGGACAAGGUUUCAUUGGCUGGUGGAUGGUUAAGAGCGGCUUAGAGGAGCCGCCGUCUGAGUAUUCUCAGCCGAGGGUAAGCCCAUACCGUCUUGCAGCUCACUUAACCUCAGCUUUCGCCAUAUAUUGUGGACUUUUCUGGACCGCUCUCUCUGUUGUUAUGCCUGAACCACCGGCUGAGUCGUUGGCUUGGGUUCGGGGAGCAGCUAAAGUGAAGAAGCUUGCAUUACCUGUAAGCUUCAUUGUUGGUAUCACUGCCAUCUCUGGAGCCUUUGUUGCUGGAAAUGAUGCUGGUCGUGCAUUCAACACAUUCCCGAAAAUGGGUGAUACAUGGAUCCCAGAUGGUAUAUUUGAGAUGAAACCACUUAUACGCAACUUCUUCGAGAAUACAGCAACUGUUCAGCUUGAUCAUCGCCUUCUGGCAACCACAACGCUACUCGCUAUCGGAACAAUGUGGUGGUUCACAAGGAAGCUAGAUAUACAUCCAGCUGUUAAAGCUUUGAUUGGAAGUACUGUCGGCAUGACUGCUGUUCAGGUGACAUUAGGUGUAUCAACUCUUCUGAGUUAUGUUCCCGUUUCACUAGGGAGUGCACACCAAGCAGGAGCUUUAACACUUCUCACUUUGAUGCUCCUUCUCAAUCACACUCUUCGCAGGCCAUCACCUUCUCUUCUCAAAUCUCUUCCACCAGUCGUUAAGUCAAAUUUCAGCUAAGCUCUCUUCAGCAAAAUCAUUCCUCUUUUUUUUUUUCAUUUACUAAAAGAAAGAAAACAAUUCUUUCUUACAUGAUAUUUAUAUUAUCAAGUUUUCAUUGAAUGCUUGGUCAGCUAUGUUUGUAUUAUCAAUCUGUGGUUUGGAAAAAUUAACAAAAGUUUCAUAUGAAUCCU